AUGGAGCUUGUCCGGGUGGGUCAAGCAUACUUCAUGAUCCGUGAUACUCAAAUGUAUGAUGAGGCCUCUAAUGCAAGAUUUCAGUGCAGAGCUUUGAAUAUCAAUGAAGAUUUAGGACAAAUUAAGUAUGUAUUCUCAGACAAAACUGGUACGCUUACCGAGAAUAAAAUGGAAUUUCAAUGCGCAAGCAUUUGGGGAGUAGAUUAUAAUGAUGCGACAAGCAAUUCGGGAAAGGACCAAGUGGGGUACUCUGUUCAAGUGGAUGGGAAGAUUUUGAGGCCAAAGAUGAAGGUGAAGGCUGACCCACAGCUUCUACAAUUACUAAGAAGUGGAGUGGACACAAAUGAAGGCAAACAUGUGCAUGAGUUCUUCCUUGCAUUGGCAGCUUGUAAUACUAUUGUGCCUCUUGUUAUAGAUACGUCGGAUCCAAAUGAGAAAUUAGUAGAUUACCAAGGGGAGUCUCCAGAUGAACAAGCGUUGGUUUAUGCUGCUGCUGCCUACGGUUUUAUGCUUAUUGAACGAACCUCUGGUCAUAUAGUUAUUGAUAUCCAAGGAGAAAGGCAAAGGUUCAGUGUUUUGGGUUUGCAUGAAUUUGAUAGUGACCGGAAGAGAAUGUCGGUUAUAUUGGGUUGCCCUGAUAAGACCUUCAAAGUCUUUGUAAAAGGUGCUGACACUACCAUGUUCAGUGUCAUAGACAGAAGAUUAAACUUGGACAUAAUACGAGCAACAGAAGCCCAUAUUCAUGCGUACUCCUCUCUGGGUUUGAGAACGCUUGUUGUUGGGAUGAGAGAACUGAGUGCUUCAGAAUUCGAGCAGUGGCAUUCGUCUUUUGAGGCAGCAAGUACUGCGUUAAUUGGCCGGGCUGCUCUACUUCGCAAGGUUGCUGGCAACAUAGAGAACAAUCUCAUCAUACUAGGUGCCUCUGGUAUUGAGGAUAAACUACAACUGGGGGUGCCUGAAGCCAUAGAGUCUAUAAGAACAGCAGGGAUUCAGGUCUGGGUUUUGACAGGGGAUAAGCAAGAAACAGCCAUAUCCAUUGGCUACUCAUCAAAGCUUCUAACAAGAAAGAUGACUCAGAUUAUAAUUAACAGCAGCUCUAAGGAUUCAUGUCGAAGGAGUUUAGAGGAUGCUGUACUCAUGUCUAAGAAGCUUACGAUGUUUUCUGGGGAUACACACACCGCCAGAGGAAGUUCUGGAGAUGGUGUGACUCCAGUAGCUUUAAUUAUUGAUGGUACCAGCCUUGUUUAUAUUCUUGAUAGUGAACUUGAGGAAAAGCUCUUUGACUUAGCCAGUAACUGUUCUGUGGUGCUUUGUUGCCGAGUGGCUCCAUUGCAAAAAGCUGGAAUUAUUGCCCUUGUGAAGAACAGGACUGCUGAUAUGACACUUGCAAUUGGGGAUGGUGCUAAUGAUGUUUCCAUGAUCCAAAUGGCUGAUGUGGGAGUUGGCAUCAGUGGCCAAGAAGGUCGACAAGCUGUAAUGGCUUCAGAUUUUGCAAUGGGGCAGUUCAGAUUCUUAGUUCCCCUUUAUUGGUAUGUGCUCUUUACUUCUUUUUCUUUGACAACUGCGAUCACUGAAUGGAGCAGCAUGUUGUAUUCUAUAAUCUACACUGCAGUACCCACAAUUGUUGUUGGGAUUCUUGACAAGGACCUAAGUAGAAGGACCCUUCUGACAUAUCCUCAGCUAUAUGGAGCUGGUCAGAGACAAGAAUGCUACAACUCAAAACUAUUUUGGCUAACAAUGGUUGACACAUUUUGGCAAAGUCUGGCCGUCUUCUUUAUCCCUCUCUUUGCAUAUUGGGGCAGCACCAUUGAUACAUCAACCAUUUGGGGAUCUAUAAUUGCGACUUGGAUUUGUGUCAUUGUCAUUGAUGCUUUACCUUCACUCGUUGGCUACUGGGCCGUUUUUGAAGUCGCAAAGACUGCAUCAUUUUGGUUAUGUUUGCUUGCAAUCACCACAGCAGCAAUCGCUCCUCGCUUUGUUGUAAAGUUUCUGUAUCAGUACUAUAGACCUUGUGAUGUCCAGAUUGCAAGAGAAGCUGAGAGGUUUGGCAAUCAGAGUGCGUUAAGCCCUGUACAAAUAGAAAUGAAUGCUAUCUUGGACCCGCCAAGGAGAUGA